AUGAUUCAUAAUGUCAUUUUAAGAAGGGCCUUAAUUGGAUUAAAAAGAAAUUCUCCAGACGCAAUAACUCGCUUCAAAGUCAAGUCUCUCAUCAACAACACUGAAAAAAUUCUAGCCUCUCUUGAAAUUGACGAAAUAUUAAAACAACAGCCACCAAUUAACACUGAAAACGUCGAAAUACUAAAAGGGAAGGUAGAACAGUUGUCAAAGUUGAACCUGGAAGAAGAGUAUGAAGACUUGUUAGAGAUAUUCAGGUCAGCUGCACCCUCGACAGAGUUAUAA